ACAUGAUGUGAUAGAGUGCAGUUAGGUAAUUCAUUCCUGUUGUUUAGUUUAUUUACGUCCUGUUGAGAAUUUUUAUACCCCGGUCAUCAGAUGGGAUGUAUUAUGUUAUGGUACUGUCUGUUUGUUCGUCUGUCUGGCUGUCUAUUCAUCAGAUCUGAGGUUGGUGCUUUAAAUGCCUGUUUUCUGGCCAAGAGGAAUUUCAUUGUUGAUGUUUAUGAGAAGAGAGAUGAUAUCAGGAAAGCUGAACAUGUGAAAGGGCGGAGCAUCAACUUGGCUCUCUCCACACGGGGUCGCACAGCAUUACGAAUGGUGGGAUUAGAAGAUGUAGUCUUGAAAAAUGGUAUACCUAUGCAUGCUAGAUUAAUUCAUGGAGUGGAUGGAUCGAGAAGUCCAAUUUUGUAUGGCAAGGAAGACCAGUACAUCAUGUCAGUGGAUAGAAGGAGACUGAAUGAAGUACUUCUCUCAGCUGCAGAAGCAAGCCCUGAUGUAACCUGCCAUUUUGAACACAAACUUGCAACAUGCAAUUUUACAACUGGUGAACUGGAGUUUAUAAACAAUGAAGGAAAAAGAGUCAAGAACAAGGUGGACCUUAUUGUGGGCAAUGAUGGAGCAUUUUCUGCAGUUCGAAAAGAAAUGAUGAAGGCCACAUUAUUAGAUUUCCAACAGGAGUACAUCCCUCAUGGUUAUAUGGAAUUGACUAUCCCACCUUCUCCCAAAGAUGAGUUUCAGAUGGAGGUGAACUACUUGCACAUUUGGCCCAGGAAUGAGUUUAUGAUGAUAGCUCUGCCUAAUCUGGAUAAAUCAUUUACCUGCACUCUUUUCAUGCCUUUUGAUGUAUUUGCCAGUAUUAAAACUAAGGAGGAUCUUAUGAAUUUCUUCAAAGACAAAUUUCCUGAUUCCAUUCCACUGAUUGGAGAGAAUGCUCUGAAGCAGGUCUAUUUGUCUAGUAAACCUCUGCCUAUGGUGUCUAUAAAGUGCUCGCCUUACAAUGUGAAAGAUAAGGGUGUGAUCAUGGGGGAUGCAGCACAUGCCAUGGUGCCUUUUUACGGACAGGGAAUGAAUGCUGGAUUUGAAGACUGUAUUGUGUUGAAUGAGAUGCUGGACAAAUACAAUAAUGACUUCUCCAAAGCUCUGCCAGCCUAUUCAGAAUAUAGAAAAGUGGAUGAUCAUGCCAUCUGUGAUCUGGCCAUGUACAACUAUAUUGAGAUGAGGGAGUCCGUGAACUCCAGAUUAUUCAUUAUGAGGAAGAAGUUAGACAAUUUAUUGUUCUCCAUCUUCCCCAAUACAUGGAUACCUUUGUACACCAUGGUCGCCUUCUCCAGAAUUCGCUACCAUCAGUGUAUAGCCAGGAGGAAGCACCAAGAUGAGAAUGACAUGGAUAUACACUCGUCAUCACAGAAUGACAUGGAUAUACACUCGUUAUCACAGAAUGACAUGGAUAUACACUCGUCAUCACAGAAUGACGUGGAUAUACACUCGUUAUCACAGAAUGACGUGGAUAUACACUCGUCAUCACAGAAUGACGUGGAUAUACACUCGUUAUCACAGAAUGACGUGGAUAUACACUCGUUAUCACAGAAUGACGUGGAUAUACACUCGUCAUCACAGAAUGACAUGGAUAUACACUCGUCAUCACAGAAUGACAUGGAUAUACACUCGUUGGAUUUUGCUAUGGUAUUGACAAAGAUUCUGCAGUUUGGUGGAGUGUUUUUGUUCAGUGCCAUCACAGUUUCAGCCAUGCAGAUUUUCUACCAGAAAGGUCCUUCAAUCCAUAGCCUAAAGGAUAGUGCCAUAGAAUUAUGGGGUCAUAUUUUUAACACUGGAAAUACCACAUACUCAUAAUACAUUACCAUUUCAUGUGGCUGUGAAGUGCUUGAAGGAUUUGAUCAUUUUGUACCUUUCAAACAUGUGUCUGCAAGGAAUGAUGAUUGCAGUAUAGAUAUGUCUCUAAGGCACUGACUCAGAAUUUGCAGUGUGGAGUGGGCAGGCAGGAGGCCUUUAGUGGAAAUUUUGAUUGGCUCAAUGUGUAUUAAAAUUAUGCUACCAGAGGAGAAGACUUUAUUUACUAAUGCUGUAUAUUAAAAGAAAUCAUUUAAACAGAAAACUAUUAAAUCUUCCAAACAAAGUUUGGAGACCUGUUGUU